AUGAUUGAUGUAUUACAGACUAGACGAAGAAACUAUCCCAGGGUAACUCCUGCACCACCAACACAACCACCAACACAAAUAGAACCUCCGCCCACUAUUAAACCGGAACCUCCAACCAGACCUCCGACCACAACUACUAUAAAACCAGAUGAAGAAGAAACAAAGCCCACAACUGCAACCACCACCGCGACAACAACAACUGUCGCAACUAAGAAAGACGAGGACGAACCAGAAACAGUAUCUAUCAUGGAGACAAAGAGACAAAGACUAGACGCACAAGAAGAUGAAUCAUACGGGUCCAACCUCGCAGUGGCGAAACUCGCUCAACCGCUAUUCGGCAUCCACUAUUAUAAGACGGAUAUCACAGUCACCCGAAAACAACACCUUACGCUGGCUCAAUACAAGCCUGCAGACACGGGGAUCACACAAUACUACGUCACCUGCAUCCCGUAUCAAAUAUUCGAGUUUUGGACAGUUAAUAAAGGCGGUGACAAUUUUAGAGACCCUCUUGCAAACCUCGUCAAAGUCUACGACUACAUACAUUAUAAUUCUGGUUCUAUUCGGUUUAGUCAUUUUGUACCACUGCAGCAGAGUCUUAGUUCAACUACGCAACAGGAUACGCCAGCGCUCAACACAACCCCUUACGCCUACAUCGCCAAAGACUCCCUUGGAAACCUAGAUGGAAUCACAUCGCCCACAGCCAUAGAUAUCACUACCAUGGUCAACCAACAAAUUAAACUACCGAGCAAUACAUACUGGAGUAAAGACAGUGACGAAGGACUACUAGGACUCGCUGAUGUCAAAACCUUCCACCAAGGAGAAACCGUACACUACAAUUUCAAAUUUGAUAACCAGAUGAACUGCCUCAAACAAAAGACACCCCGCUGGGAUAAUACAUUCGGACACUACUUCCCACUAGCCUCAGGGAAACCAUUGAAGACUGGGAUAGCCAUGAGUGUACAAGUGAACGCAGACGAAUCAAUAAAUCAGUUCAAGAUACCUGAAUACGAUCUACCUUUCUUGUUUAUCUUCCUACCAUACAUCGAACAAGUCAACAACACAGAAACCAUAGCCAGACUAUACGCUCAUGUCCUCAUGGAAACGGAACUCAAUUUCACCCUAUGGACUGUCCCUGAUGGAGCCAAACACUUAACAGGAAACAUGCACAACAAAAAUCAACUAGAGCCGGUAUUGCAUAAAUGGACCAACAAAACACUAACCCAACAAGCCUACCAAUUCAACUAA